AGAAAAAAGCGAGGGGACGACGACCAAUCACACGAAGACUAUUAAUACUCUACCUAGAUUUUCUUGCAUUGUAGUGUCGUAUUUGGCUAGCUAGCUGCUGACAAAAAUCAUCCUUCAAAAUUAGUUGUAGAAGAAAGCAAUAAUUGCUGUGGCUCAUCUUCCAGACUUCCAAACAUCCCCCACACUCGCAACACUCCGGUGACUUACCCAAGCUCUCCGGUGUCCUUGUCCCACCUUAUUUCCGCCGGCCUCUGCCCAAAACCCAACAUAACCCACCUCCCAACUAGGGCCAAUAUCAAACUUUUCCAGGAUUUCUGCAGAAGUUUUUUGGAAAACAGAACCCCAAAAAAAGAGUAAAAAUCAUAUCUUUAUCGAAAAAGAAGAUAUUUUUUCGGUUUGCUGUUGGAAAAUUUUAUGGCCCGGUAUUUAGCUUCAGUUGUUUCGUACAUCUCCAUAACUAUUGCCGUAUAUUUGAUCCCACUGUCUUCUUCUCUUCCAUUUGUAGUACUUCAUGGAAUUGGAGAUCAGUGCUCAAACAGAGGAAUGAAACACUUCACAGAGGAGCUGACGGAGUGGUCCAAUUCUACUGGAUAUUGCAUAGAAAUUGGAGAUGGGGCUUGGGACUCCUGGUUUAUGCCCUUAGAAGAACAGACUGAAGUAGUUUGUGAUAAGGUGAAGCAAAUGAAAGACCUCCAAAAUGGUUACAAUAUCGUUGGUCUAUCCCAGGGGAACUUAAUAGGCCGAGCUGUGGUAGAAUACUGUGAUGGUGGACCACCUGUCAAGAACUUUGUCUCGUUGGGAGGGCCUCAUGCCGGCAUAGCUUCAGUCCCUCUUUGUGGUUCUGGCAUCAUGUGCAUUAUAGCUGACUCCCUAAUCAAAACAGGAAUCUACUCUGACUAUAUACAGGCAUGCAUCUCUCUCUGUCUCUGUCUCUCUCUCUCUCUCACACACACACACUUUUUGGUCUCUGGUAACAUUGUAAUUGAUUUCUGUAAUUCUCUUCUUCCGCUUAUUGAUAAUGAUUUGCAGGAACACUUGGCUCCUAGUGGCUAUCUGAAGUUACCAAACAAUAUUGCUGGUUAUUUGGAAAAAUGUAGGUUUCUGCCAAAGCUUAACAAUGAAAUCCCUGGUGAGAGAAAUUCCACUUACAAGGCAAGGUUCAGUAGUUUACAAAAUCUUGUCCUCAUCAUGUUUGAGCAUGAUACAGUUUUGGUACCAAAGGAAACUUCCUGGUUUGGAUAUUAUCCAGAUGGGGCCUUCAACCCAGUCUUGGCCCCACAGCAGACCCAGCUUUAUAUCGAGGACUGGAUUGGGUUAAAAACUCUGGAUGAUGCUGGGAGGGUAAAAUAUGUCACAGUAUCAGGGAAUCACCUUGGGAUUUCUAAACCUGAUAUGAAGAAGUAUGUCGUCCCAUACUUGGAAGAUGAUACAUCCAAGGAGGACACUGCCGAGAUUGAACUUGGACGCUCUGCAGACUCCGGUGAAAAUAGUGAAAUGCAAACCUUACAGAGACCGCAGGAUGAGGCAUCAGCAGAAGUCAUAACUGCAGGUUCAUCAUCUUAUAGCAUUCCUUCUUCCAUCAGGAGCUUCUUUGAAGAAUUACUUGGCACCACAAACACACAGUAUGAGCCAAGACUUCGAUAUUGAAUUUAGCUCAUCUGGUUUGUUAAAUUGUGUAAACCAAUUAAAUCUUUAUCUGUAGCAGAUAUCGGCUUUGGUUCUGAUCAUGGUCCUGAUUUUGUUAGCCUGCAAAAUGCUUGUAUGUGCUUCUCUAUACGAAAUCAUUUGUAAUACUACCAGAUGGCCUUUAUGAACAUAUUUACAACACGCAAAAGAUCCUUAUAAACGGCCUGCUUUUCUUUCCUCUUUCUUAUGAGAUUGGGAAGGUCUAGCCUAUACUUUCUUUC